CAAGAUCUUAUCUGUGAUUCUCCACCACCCUGCCACCUGUCGACAUGGGGUAUCAAACAGAACAACGACGGACGGCGUGUCUAUACGGACUACUCACCUUUAUCCUGCUUCAGUCCGUGGCCUUUGUUUGUGUCAAUCUGUGGCUAGAAUGGCGUCUGGACUACUUCCGGUCUAAAAUUUCAAGGAAAGGGGAGGCCAUCGACCUGCUUGAGGCCGAGUGUCUUACGCACCAUGUGCAGCAUAGUACACCGGAAGCUGCCCAUGCGCAUGUCCGGCGGCAAAGUCCGACCAUCGUUGAUUUCAUGCGGGAUUUCCUGGCGUCUCAGGAAGCAGCACUUGAACAAAUCUGCAACAAAAGACAAGAUUUGUGUAUUCCCGGAGCCAAAGGGGUUACCGGUGACAAAGGUGCCACGGGGCCACGUGGGGACCGUGGGGAAAUUGGCACCCCGGGAUCGAAGGGAGACCCAGGGCCCGUUGGUGAACCGGGAAGUAAAGGUGACCCCGGGGCUAAAGGGGUCAAAGGUCUCCCUGGGAAUCAGGGAACACCGGGUGUUAAUGGAACGGAUGGUGUCGACGGUCAGAGAGGCGAAACAGGACCUAAAGGUGACCCUGGUCUCCCUGGAAACAACGGCACUGAUGGUAUAGCGGGGGCGAAGGGGCUGCCUGGCAUCAAGGGACAAGCUGGAUCGAAGGGGGAGGCGGGAACGCUCGGGGUGAAAGGGAACAUCGGGUCCACGGGCCUGACAGGGCAGAAAGGGGAUGCUGGGCAACAGGGGCCAGAUGGGGCCUUACUACAUGAUGACUGCUACUGUCUGAAUGAAUUCGAAAUUACUGGCAAUUUCUCCGACGUCAUUAACGUGCCCUAUGGUGCGCCAUUGUCUCUCGGUUGCGGCUUCAGCAAGCUCGAUGUACCGGUCACGUGGGUAAAAGACGACGGACCAAUCAGCAAACGUGGUAUUGUUACCGGAAAUGACCUCAGUUUCCAGCAGGUGUUGAAAGGUGAUGCCGGGACAUAUAGCUGUGUCGGGCCCGACGGCAUUCUGGGAUACAAUUCAAAGUCAGUGAAGAUUGUAGUUGGCAAGAUCUACGAGUACGACUGUGACUUCGAGAGUCCCUGUUCCUGGAAGGACGAAACGACGGAUACAUUGGAUUGGACAAUGAACAAAGGCGGUACCCCUUCCGUCGGGACCGGACCUUCGAACGACCACACCUUAGAAAAUGCAAACGGCCAUUACAUCUAUCUGGAGACGUCGGCGGGCAUCCCAAACAGUGCCGCCGCUUACCGUUCCUCCCCUCUUGGCACCAAUCACCACUUCUGUCUAACGUUCUGGUACCACAUGUACGGUCAGACUGUGGGCUCUCUGCAGGUCAAAAUCAUGACUGCACAUACCACGGGUAGCCCUAUCUGGAAGAAAGAUGGAAGCCAAGGUGACCAGUGGAAGUUAGCCAAAGUUGACCUCUUGCCCCAGUCUGUCGACUACUACAUUGUCAUCAACGGCAUCAGGGGAAACGGCUACUUUGGGGACAUCGCCAUUGACGACAUAAUCGUCUUGGACGGUGCUUGUCCGUAAUGCGAUUAUUGUAUACAUGUUGAAGAUGAAAAGAUGAUGGUCAUGUACCAAC